AUGGGUAAACUUCACCUCACUGAAAUGGGUAAACUUCACCUUACUGAAAUGGGUAAGAUCCACCUCGCUGAAAUGGGUAAGCUUCACUUUACUGAAAUGGGUAAGUUUCACCUCACUGAAAUUGGGCAAGAUUCAAACGUUGAAAUAAAGUUCUCCAACGUUGAAAUAGGCGAGUUUCUGCUGUAUUCAAUGCUGUAUUUCUGCUGUAUUCAAUGCUGUAUUUCUGCUGUAUUCAAUGCUUCUCCCACAUUAAAAUUGACAAACUUUCACUAUGCUGAAAUGGGCAAGUUUCGGCAACAUUCAAAUGGCUCCCAAGAGUACCCAGAGCAACGGUACAGCUCCCAAGAGUACCCAGAGCAACGGUACAGCUCCCAAGAGUACCCAGAGCAACGGUACAGCUCCCAGAGUGCCCAGAGCAACGGUACAGCUCCCAAGAGUACCCAGAGCAACGGUACAGCUCCCAAGAGUGCCCAGAGCAACGGUACAGCUCCCAAGAGUACCCAGAGCAACGGUACAGCUCCCAAGAGUACCCAGAGCAACGGUACAGCUCCCAAGAGUACCCAGAGCAACGGUACAGCUCCCAAGAGUACCCAGAGCAACAGUACAGCUCCCAAGAGUACCCAGAGCAACGGUACAGCUCCCAAGAGUACCCAGAGCAACGGUACAGCUCCCAAGAGUACCCAGAGCAACGGUACAGCUCCCAAGAGUACCCAGAGCAACGGUACAGCUCCCAAGAGUGCCCAGAGCAACGGUACAGCUCCCAAGAGUACCCAGAGCAACGGUACAGCUCCCAAGAGUACCCAGAGCAACGGUACAGCUCCCAAGAGUACCCAGAGCAACGGUACAGCUCCCAGAGUGCCCAGAGCAACGCUCCAAGAGCACCCAGACCAACGGUACAGCUCCCAAGAGUACCCAGAGCCACGGUAUAGCUCCAAGAGCACCCAGACCAACGGUACAGCUCCCAAGAGUGCCCAGACCAACGGUACAGCUCCCAAGAGUACCCAGAGCAACGGUAUAGCUCCAAGAGCACCCAAAGCAACGGUACAGCUCCCAAGAGUACCCAGAGCAACGGUACAGCUCCCAGAGUACCCAGAGCCACGGUAUAGCUCCAAGAGCACCCAGACCAACGGUACAGCUCCCAAGAGUACCCAGAGCAACGGUACAGCUCCCAAGAGUGCCCAGAGCCACGGUACAGCUCCCAAGAGUGCCCAGAGCCACGGUACAGCUCCCAAGAGUGCCCAGAGCAACGGUACAGCUCCCAAGAGUACCCAGAGCAACGGUACAGCUCCCAAGAGUGCCCAGACCAACGGUACAGCUCCCAAGAGUACCCAGAGCAACGGUACAGCUCCCAAGAGUGCCCAGACCAACGGUACAGCUCCCAAGAGUGCCCAGAGCAACGGUACAGCUCCCAAGAGUGCCCAGACCAACGGUACAGCUCCCAAGAGUGCCCAUAGCAACGGUACAGCUCCCAAGAGUGCCCAGACCAACGGUACAGCUCCCAAGAGUGCCCAUAGCAACGGUACAGCUCCCAAGAGUGCCCAGACCAACGGUACAGCUCCCAAGAGUGCCCAUAGCAACGGUACAGCUCCCAAGAGUGCCCAUAGCAACGGUACAGCUCCCAAGAGUGCCCAGACCAACGGUACAGCUCCCAAGAGUGCCCAGACCAACGGUACAGCUCCCAAGAGUGCCCAUAGCAACGGUACAGCUCCCAAGAGUGCCCAUAGCAACGGUACAGCUCCAGGCAGCUGUCUCACACCUUAA